CUUGAUCCGUACUGUUCUUAUAUAGUAGUAAAUAAAAAAAAAGAUAGAUAAUAAAUCAAAUAAAAACCGGGCUGCGACAAUGUCGAAACUUAAGAUACAGCCCAAGUUUAGUCUCCAGAAGAUGGGCCAUAUGGUAAGCAGGACUCCAUCCAUCCAUCAAACCAAAUCAAGCCCAACGCACCGCCGCGUGCCUCCACCGCUCCACCCUCUCUCUCCAGCGACGGCGGCGGCCAUGCAGAUGCAGGGCCGCCUCCGGCGCGUCCUCCGGGCGCCGCCGCCUAGAAUCCUACUCUACCGCGCGAUCUCCUCCCCGCCGCCCGGAGGCAACGGCGGUGGCGGUGGCGAUGGUGGCAGCGGGGUGGCGGUGAAGCAGGUGACGCGGGGGAACAUGGCGGAGGCCCUGGAGAAGCUGCGGGGACGCGUGCGGGAGGCCGCAUUCGUAGGGGUGGACCUGGAGAUGAGCGGCGUCACGAGCGCGCCCUGGAGAGACACCUUCGAGUUCGACCGCGCCGACGUGCGCUACCUCAAACUCCGCGACUCCGCGGAGCGGUUCGCCGCCCUACAGCUCGGCGUCUGCCCCUUCCGAUGGGACCCUGCCAAGUCCGCCUUCGUUGCCCAUCCGCAUAACUUCUUUAUCUUCCCUCGCAAGGAGCUCCCUAGUGAUUGUUCAUCUCAUGAGUUUCUUUGUCAGACAACUUCAAUUGACUUCCUAGCAAAGUACCAGUUUGAUUUCAACACAUGCUUCCGUGAAGGAAUAUCUUAUCUAUCCAGAGCACAAGAGGAAGAGGCGCUACAGAAAUUUAAUACAUUGCAUCAUGGUCAAACCGCUACAUCUUCCACCAAUUCUGAAGAGGACGGAGACAUACCUUUAAAGAGUGCUUCUGAUAUUCUUUUCACAGAAAGGAUGAAAAUGAACUUCAAGGAAUGGCGUGAUGUGAUAGUCAGCAAGCCAAUGGUUGACAACCAUUUGUCAGUAAACAUUAAAUGUGGUGCAGGACAAUUCCAGACAGUUUUCUUCAAAAUGCGCCCAGCUAUUAUGCUUAAUGGAUUCUCAUCCCAUCAAUUGAAGUUAAUUCAACAGGUUUUGAGAAAAAACUUUAGGGAUCUUGUUUUUGUCUGUACAUUUGGUGAGGAUGACACAUCUGAAAAGAAAGUAGUUUAUUCAGACACUGAUGAGGACAGAAUGUUAUUAAUGAAAGAUGUGCAGGAAGAUCAACUAAAAAACAGGGAAGAAAGAGUCAAAUCAGCAAUAGGAAUCCGCCAUGUCAUCGACCUUCUUUCAUCAGAAAGGAAAUUGAUUAUUGGACAUAGUUGUUUCCUAGAUAUUGCCCAAGUGUACAGCAAGUUUGUAGGUCCUCUUCCAUCAUCUAUCAAGGAAUUUGCGUUAAGUUUCCACAAAAUUUUCCCACACAUUGCAGAUACCAGGCAUCUUUUGUCUGUCAAUCAAGCAGUUCAGGAACUGAUGAAGCAGAAAAGCAAAUCACUAUCUUCAGCUUUCUCAUUGUUGUGCCCUGCAUCUUAUUCAUCGGCUGAGAAGGCAUCCAGUCAUUCUCCUGUGACAAUUGAAGUUGAAGGAGAUGAAACGACGUCUUCUUCCUUCAUUUCAGGUGCCAAGCAUGAAGCUGGAUAUGAUGCAUACAUGACUGGAUGUAUUUUUGCGCAGUUGUGUGCUUAUCUUGGCAUAAAAUUUGAGCAGUUCUCACCUCUGGAUGACCUAGCAACGAACACUAGGCUGCAGAAACACAUCAAUUUUUUGUCCCCUAGCUGGAACAGUGGAACAGUGAUUGAUUUGAGCACUGGCAUGGAGAGACCAGAUCCAGGUUAUAUGAGAAGGUACCCUGCUGCUGUGUAUGAUAACAUCGUUGUCAUUUGGGGAUUCAUGUCUAAGGUUAGACCAAAGGAAAUUAAGGAUUGCAUCUGCAAAGUAUUUGGUUCAGGUUCGGUUACAACCGUCUUCUCCAUUGAUUCCACUGCUGCCCUUGUGCAGUUCAAGAAACAAGAGUCCGUAAACGAUUUCUUGGAUUUGAAGUCUGCUUUGGAGAGGGCAGAUAGUGCUGUCUUAAUUCUACACCCCCUGUCAACUAUAUUGGAAGGAGGCCAAACACGAGCUGCAAAGUAUGAUACCUACAGAGACAUCUGCAGCUCUUCUGAAUCAAAAUCUCUCUUUGCUGAUCAAGCUGAAGCAGUUUGUGCAACUUCAAAGAAUCAAUUCAAAGAAAAUGUUGAUGAUAAUCUUAUAUCUGGUGUUCUUGAUGGAUUUGCACUCACCUCUGAAACUGAGGGAGAUGGAAUAUUAUCGGGUUCCAAGAAUCAAGACGUUGCUGAUGUUACAUGUCACGAUAUUUUAGAUGCUCUACACGAUGGCAAAGCAUUGUUGGGCAGACGAAUGUGAAGCUGUUAUGGGGCAUCAAUUAGGGGCACAGGGGCCACAGGAUCAAUUAGAGGCAUUUGAUGAGUUACAGAUAGGAUUAGAUUUGGGUCAAUUAGAGAUAGGAUUGGAUAUGAUUUGUUACGAUUUGAUUAGGCCUUCCUUAGGUGGCCUGGGGUCCUCUCUCUAUAAGAGAGGUGAGGUGAUGUACCAAGGAGGGGAAUGAAGAAAAAACAAACAAUCCGAUUCCCCCAAAUACUCUAGAGCCUGUUCGCAGUCUCCCUUCAUGCUGACUUUGUUCGGCCAUCUUCGUGGCAACAGUUAUCCAUAUCCCCAAAUGAUCUGAGGAUCAGAACAGAAGCUAAUUAUUACCGUCGGCCUUUUUCAGCAGGUUAUUGGCCUGGCCUUUUAUUUGAGGCUCACGGAUUACUCUAAUGUUUUUUAUGAGUAUUCAUUUUA